AUGGACGUGGAUGCUGAAAUAGAGACGCCUCUUGUGGGUAAUGAUGGAGAAGGGAAUCAUAUCGAAACAACCGGCUCUAGUUUAACAGCGUACUACGAGGGACCGACUACCAAUAGCGAAAUCUUUGGUUGGUGCUUAUACAGCUGGGCCACGGAACCGUUUAUUGUUAGCUGUAUUUCCACUUAUGUGCCAUUAUUGCUUGAACAAUUUGCCAGAGACAAUGGUGUAUUGUCAAAUGAUCAUUCCCGAGGCUGUAAAGUUCCCCCAGUAGAGCCUUUCCCUCCUGGGCCUCCUGGAAGCAACAAUACUGUGGCGAUGUCUGUAGUACCUCUUGCAGCAAACGAACUAUUAAAAAGGAUGGAGCUUCAAAUAUCCAGCUCUAAACAUGUGGGAUGUGUGGUAGAUGUGUUUGGAAAGUAUAUUGAUCCUUCAUCGUUCACGCUAUAUGUUUUUUCUUUAUCAGUCUUCUUACAAACAUUAACUGUCAUAUCUAUCACGGGAUUUGCUGACAAGGGAAACUACAAGAAGGCCUUGCUUUUAUUUUUUGGAUUUUUAGGAAGUUUCUUUACUAUUGCGUUUUAUUUCCUUGAUACUGAAAACUAUUAUCAGGCUGGAUUAUACGCCAUAUUAGCUAACAUUUGCUUUGGUGUGGUCAAUGUUUGCGGAAAUUCGUUUCUUCCAAUAUUAGUGGAAAAUUAUGACUUAUCAAAGAACCCUAAUGGAGAAGGAUCUGAUAUUAAGGCUAUUCUAAGCUCUAGAAUCUCAGGCAUGUGUUCUGGUCUUGGAUAUUUUGCUGCGUUCAUAGCCCAAAUAUUAACCAUGAUUAUUGUGGUGAAAACUGGCUCUAAAAUCGCCUCUAUUCAGUAUGCCAUUUUAUUUAUUGGUGUUUGGUGGUUUUUAUUUCAAUUCCCAAUAAUUUGGAUGUUGAAAUCAAGAAAAGUCAGUAGUACAGCCUCUUUAUCGCGAAAGUUCUUGAAAAGUUCUUGGAACCAUGAUGGUCAUAACAAAAGCUUACAUGCACAGGUUUUAGCUUAUGUCAGUAGAAAGAUGUACUUUUUCAAAGAGUAUGUCAAAAUUGGCUGGGUAAACCUUAUGAAGGCUUUUCAACAAAUUAAAUUAUUGAAAGAUGUUUGCAUAUUUUUGGUUGGCUGGUUUGUCAUUUCCGAUUCAAUCACCACAAUCAAUUCUGCUGCUAUUUUAUUUAGUAAGACAGAACUUGAAAUGAAAACUCAUGAAUUAGCAAUUAUUGGUAUCUUAUCAAUUAUCUUUGCUAUAGCAGGGACAAUUGUUAUUCCAAAUUAUCUCAACAAUUAUUUGAAGAUAACUUUGAAAAAUACUUUGCUUAUAAUUAUUUUAUGGUCAUCAUUUAUUCCAUUUUAUGGUAUACUUGGCUUUUUCUUUGAAAGUUUUGGCUUGAAGCAUAAGACGGAAAUGUACUUUUUGGCCAGUUGGUACGGCUUAUCUCUUGGAGGGUUGGCCACCAUUUCUAGAUCUCUCUUCUCGCUAUUGAUUCCAAAAGGUAAGGAAUCCCUAUUUUUUGCGUUAUUUGCAGUCACUGAUAAAGGGAGCUCCAUUCUUGGACCAUUUGUUGUCGGCUUGAUAACUGAUAAGACUCACAAUAUUAGAUAUUGCUUUUGGUUUUUGUGGGCAUUAUUGAUCAUCAGUCUUCCAAUCUUUGCUUCGUUGGAUCCAGCCAGAGGUCAAGAUGAAGCAGAAAGAUUUGAUGAAUUGGUAGAUGAGGAUGAAACAUCAUAUACUGCCAUUUAG